GUGUUCCCAACUCCGUACAGCUCUCGGACUUCGGUGCCUCGCUGUGCAAUGGCUGACGACUUCGAUGCGCCAAAUGGCUUAUCGCAGAAUGAGGUCCAGCACCCAGAACAGAGCCCGAUAUCAUCACGAGUUCUCUCGAGCUCCUUUUACGAGUCGUUCAUCUCAGAUUCCUCGAAGCGCCGGAUAGAGGAUCCGAUCCGUGUUCUGCUGCCACUCGAAGAUCGUCCAGGCGUGAUCUCUCUCCUCGCAGGGAAACCAAACGCAGACACGUUCCCGAUCACGUCCCUGCAGUUUACGCUGCGCGACCCGGCCACGAACGACGAGGUCCCCGUGUCGCUCACCGAGGCCGAGCUCUCGCGCAGCCUGCAGUACAGCGGGAGCAAGGGCAUCCCGGGUUUCCUCGAAUGGCUGAUAGGCUUGCAGGAGUACAGCCAUGGCCGCAAGCGUGGCGAAGGCUGGGAUCUCGCGUUUGGCACCGGGUCGUCCGACCUGAUCUACAAGGCUGUGAACGCGCUGGUGAACCCUGGAGACGUCGUAUUGAUCGAAGCACCCGUCUAUGCCGGUGUCAUUCCGAUGUUCCACUCCGCGGGAGGUGAGAUGAUGGAGGUUCAAACAGACCAGUACGGUAUCGACGCGCAGGGUCUGCGGGAGACGCUGGAUAGCUGGCCGCGGGACAAGCCGAAACCGAAAGUCCUGUAUACCGUCCCAUACGGCUGUAACCCCACCGGGGUAACCUCGACGGUCGAGCGGCGUCUCGAGGUCUUAGAGCUUGCCCGGAAGCACAAUUUCCUAAUCCUCGAAGAUGACCCAUAUUACUACCUAUACUUUGGCAGCGCCCCGCGCCCGCCCUCGUACUUCACGCUCGAACGCGACCAGCCCGAGGUCGGGCGCGUCGUCCGCUUCGACAGCCUGUCAAAGGUCCUGUCGUCUGGUAUGCGGAUCGGCUUCAUCUCCGCCCCACAGCCCAUCAUCGAUGCCGUCGUCAUGCACACGAUGAACUCGAACCUGCAACCGCCGUCGUUCACGCAAGUGCUCUCGCUGCGCAUGCUACAGGUUUGGGGGUACGAGAAGCUGCGGGCGCACGUCGACCGCGUCGCGGAGUUCUACCGCGCGAAACGGGACGUGUUCGAGCGGCUGAUGCGCAAGCACCUCGACGGGCUCGCCGAGUGGAACGUCCCCGAGGCGGGCAUGUUUUUCUGGUUCAAGCUGCAGCUGGGCAAGACGGGCGCUGCGUCGGGGUUGGACGAGGGGGACUCGGAGGCGGUCAUCCGGACGAAGGCGUUGGAGAAUGGGGUGCUCGCGCUGCCUGGAACGGUGUUUCUCCCGAGUGGCCGGAAGACGACGUACGUCCGUGCGUCGUUCAGCCUGCUUCCCGAGGAUCAGGUCGACGAGGCGCUCAGGCGGCUGCGCGAGACCAUUCUGAAGGCCCGCGAGGACGUGUCGGUUUGAUAAGGUGCGUGUGAGGCGAGAGGUGAUUGAGUAGUCCGUAGGACUUGUUGUGUCACUGAGACAUCGCGACAUGAUUAGGCGUCGAAUGUAAUAGUAUCAUCCGAGUGUGCUUGACACAGCGCCUCCUAUAUUCGAUGCAGAAAUGGA